AGCUCUUGAGCGGUAGGAGAGCGUAUGAUCCCAUGGAAUUUAGGGUAAUUUUGAUAAAAAAUCCUGCCCUAAAAGUAAAAUUUUCCCCCUUGUAGGGAAUUGCCCACAGGUUGAAAACCUCUGAUUUAGAGGGAAUGUUAAGCGGAGUGAGAUACUAGGUCUCUAUCAGUAAUUCUCUAUUGAUAUUCUUGAUUAUAGGUUGAACCGGCUGUACAAGAAAAACGAAAACAGUUACGAUACGGUGAGACAAACCCUGACUGUCUAUUUGUGAGAGGCUUAAAUUUUUUUGCCACCAUGACGCCACAGGCGUAUGCACACACGGACAGUCUACGCUUAUCGAUGAACUAAAGUAUCGAGCUGUUCCAAUGGAUGAUUAUUUUGGCCUGCGAUAAGAAUUCCUUAAGAUAAGUUAAGGUUUGGUUAAAUUUGAUGCCAGAUCCAAAUAAUUCAUAACGUUUGGUGGUUUUUACAGCAAGCAUGUUACAAUGGUUUAUAAUUACCUACAAUUUUAUCAGUUUCUGCACUGAAUAGAUAAACAGUAAUGGACCGAGCGUAACUGUUAUCUGCAUGUUUUCACCUUAGACGUAUUUUGGACGUGUUUCACGACACACCUAGUGCGACAAGAAUUGUUUCAGUUUAAUUAAUCAUCAAAUCGAUAAUUUGAGAAUAUCUCGAUUCCGCCACGGAAUUUUUGGGUCAUGGCACAGAACAAAAAUACGAUGAAAAGGAAAAAUGUUCCAAUUACCACCGCAUCUUCCAGAGGAGAUAGUUCUCAGACCGCCUUGAAUGAACAUAUUCAUAUAAGCAAAUCGGCAAUACAUGGAAGUUUAUAUCAUCUUCACAUAGCAGCAGUAAUCCUGUUACGGGCAUAUGAUACACAACAAAAAAAUAAAGACUUCAACUUCAACAUUACCGUGGAGGAUCCUCAUGCCGGAAAAUUUGACGAUGUAGUUCUACGUUACUCCUCUCAACAGGUAAAAUAUGGGGCAGUUUAUCUGCAAAUCAAACAUAAAGAUUUGUCGAUUUCUAAACACCCAUUACCAAACAAAAAAUCGAAAACUACGCCAACAAUUACCAGAGCCGCUUUGUUGGAUAAGGGAAAAACUUCAAAUCCACCGUAUUCGAUACCCGUCUAUUUUUUAUCUUUUGUUGAAAGUAAUCAUAAGAUGGAACAACAAAAUUAUUAUUUCUUAUGCACCAACGCGCAGAUCGACGAUGACAUCAUUCAAUACUUUUCUCAAGUAAUUCCUAGUGAACAUUAUAUUCUUCAAUGUUAUCAAGAUCUUGAUGCCACUUUUUAUCAAUUCAAUCCAGAUAACAUUUUUGGCCAACUUGAAUUAACCAUUAAAACAGUCAGUCUUGACAAACUAGGCAAGCUGUUGGCGAAAUCAAUUUAUAACAAACAGAAAAUAACUCUUGAUAAUCCGCUAUACAACAUGUAUGCCGCAUUGAUAAGUAGAAUUGUUGAGCAGUCUAAUACAGAUCUGGCAUCUCCACAGCACAGCAUCUAUAAAUUUAAAAAAGAGUUUUUAGAAGCACCAGAACAAUCAACCUUUGCAACGCUACGUACGGCUUUAGUAACAGAAUAUAAAAAAAAUCUUAAAGUAGGAAAAGAGGUUUGGUCCGAUGUGGAUGAGAAAAAAAUCUGGUUGGAUCCUAAUUUUUCGAUAACAGCAGUCAAUGAUAUGUUCGAUAUGAUAAACAAAGAUGAGUCGGAAUACGCAAAGAUUGAUGCAAAAAUAAAGGAGUUUUAUGGAAAAUUCAUGUUAGUUUGUAAAGCAACAAAUGAACUUACGCUUGAAAGUAACGCUAAAAAAAUAUUAGCAACGUUAACUGAUACUGAGCUAAAUGCCACUUUUAAUAACAUGCAUCUUUCAAUAUUGGACGCUAUGAAAAAAGCAAACGGCUUACAACUUGACUCGAUUUAUUUAAGUAACAUAUUCAAAAAUAUUAAGUGCAACACUUGUUACAUUGAAUGGGCUGAUUCCACUAAACAAUAUAUAGAGUGCCUAAACAUAAUAUAUUCAUUUGUUCAGAUUAAUCCUACGUGGCUGCAAAAAUCGUGUUUCUAUAGUUAUAUUGAUAAAAAAAGUACUGACAAAAAUUAUUAUUAUUUUAGCUCGAAAAAUGUACAUCUUAGUUCCAUCAUUGUAAUCCAAACUUUACAACUGUUGCAAAUCGAUUAUUUAUUUAUUGACACUUCCAAAUUCCAUAAUACCGACACGCUGGAACAACAUCUCCAAUAUAUUCUUAGAUAUAUCAACGAGGUAAACUAUGCUUCACAUAGCAUUAUCAUCAUCUUAGAACAACACAAUUCAUCAAUAAGUGAAAUGUUAAACAAAUAUCAACAUAGAUUGAUAUUACUAGCUAAUACUACAGAAGAUAAACAAACACCUGAGGAAUGUUUGCUCGUCCAAGAUCUUACGCAGGAAUCGUUAAAAAUGCUAUUCAUGCAUAACGAUAAGUUAAAUCUUUUCGGAACAUCAACUUCUCUAACCAGUAUUGUCCGCAUGACGGAUGAUCUAUCCGUCUUGCUGGAUGUAUUAAAUUUUGCAACAUCCACAGGUCGUGAAGAAAGCAACAACAUAAAUAAUCGAAGCUACAAUAAGAUUAAAAACAACUACAUUCAUCGUCAUUUACAACAUUAUCCAGCAUCUAUAAUACAGGAGACUCAAGUAAAACAUGAUUUUAAUAAGUCUUUUAAUGCCCUAAAAAGUUGGUUUGCUCAUAAGACACUUAGUUUUCAUGACAUUUUACAUAAAUAUCAGAAUGAACCUAUAUUUCAUGAUAUAGCCGCAUCCAUUACAAAUAAAACCCAUUACCUUGAAAAUGCCCCUGACAUGGAGCAGAAGUGCAAAUUAUCAGUUGUUCUGGAUGAAGCCGGAUCAGGAAAAUCAACCUAUUUUACUUGGCUAGCAUGGUACUUAUCAAAAGAAUACCCGUCGAUGUUUGUAGUUAAAUUAAAUGCCAUCGAAUAUUCUUCCGAAUUUGAUCGAUUGUCUAAGGGCAAUGUUAAUGACCUAAAUGAUACUGAGGUGAUUAGAAUAUUGUAUCAAUUCAUUUUUCCAGCCAUUACUGAUUCAAGUCAAUACAAGCAAUCGGAGGGAGGGAUAUACAAUGAUUGUGAAAGCAGUGCAUUUUGUUUCAAUUUACUGCAAUUUUCUAACGGUCAGAUCAACCUUGGUGAAAGCAACACUAAGAAGCUUAAUUUAGAGCAACUAAUACAACUACGACUUUUUUGCAAUAAAUUCAACACAAAAAAAAUAGUAUUAUUAUUGGAUGGAUACGAUGAAAUAGUGCCUAACUACUCGGCAAUCGUAAUCAAGUGCCUGAAAUCGUUUGCUUCGUAUGAUGGAAUAAAAAAAAUGUUUUUAUCUAGCCGUCCUCAUGAAUUUCAAGAUGAUCUUAAAACAUCAUUUGAAGAUUUUAAGAUGUUUCAAUUAAAGCCAUUUUCGCGAAACGACCAAAUACUUUCGUUGCAUAAGUUUCUUUUGGAUCAAAUGACUGAAUAUUACCAGUGCGAUGAGGACCAUAGAAUAGUAUUGCUUGGGAUUGCCUAUCUUAUUUUGGAUAACUGUUUGAAGGAUUUAGUUAUUGCUCCGUUGUUAUUGCAGAUGAGCAUAGAAACAUUUUUACCAGUUAUAAGACAACAUGUAAAUUUUCAUUCAAAAACUAUAUCUGGGAAACUGUUUUCAAGCGAAAAAUUUGACACGCUACAGUUGGUGAAGUCUUUUGUAAGUCGUAAAUUGGAUAUACUAACAAAUGAAAAAUCAGGAUUAUCAGAGAUGUCUUCCAAGACCGUAGUUGCAAGGUGUAAUAGAGAUAUAAUUAUUCAACUAAUUCUACGACAACACUCUACACUAGCUGCAUACGUUAUCUUUGAUAAUAGUUUCACAAACGAUUCGCUGCGAAAACAGGAAAUAAAAGAAAUAAUUGCUCAGAAUGUGGAAAAAACUGGAAUUAUAAAUGGUGUAAUAUAUGGUAUGCCAAUGUUUGUUCAUAGAAUUUUUGCUGAAUACUUUGCAGCUACUUGGUUGUACGAAAAUAAGGACAAACUUCAUAAAGAAAUCUACUUUAGAUCGCAAACAUUUUGGAUGCGACAUUUGAACCAAACACGAAACUUUUUCGAUCGAAUGAUCGUUGCCCAAUUUCAGGAAAGUGAACAUCAACACGAACGAAUCGCACAUAAAUUUCACUUAGCUGUGCUCAACAAAUCUAAAGUACAGGUAGAGACGCUUCUAUCGAUGGAACCUACUCUUAUAAAAGCUAAAGAUGCUGCUGGUCGAAUUCCUUUGCACUUAGCUUUGCAGUACGAUAAUGAUAAAAUUCUGCAGUUACUGUUAAACAAAAUGGAUACCCAUUUAGUGAAUGUGAAGGAUAAUCUUUUUCGGUGGAGUGCACUAGAUUAUGCAUUCGUUACAACCAAUAAAAAUGCAAUCAAAUCUCUUUUACGUCACGGUGCCACUGUCAAUAUCGACAACUUAUUCCAACAACUUUUUUCAAAUGACGUUGAAAAUUUGAUAAUCAAUACUUGCUGUUAUAUCAACCAUAUACCUUCUGCUGACGACGCCCGACAAUUAGCAAUUAAUGUUGUUCAAUAUCUGUACCACAACAAGAACGUCGACAUUCGGGUUAAACGCGCGAAUUUGAAAGGCUUGUCAAUUUUGGAAUAUUGUAUUACGAAAAAGAUGUUCGAAUUGUUUAAACAGUUUAUUCUGCACCACGUAGAUGCACAGAACUACUUGUGUAGUAUUUCCAACCAAUUGAUGAUAACAGCAAUCAAUCAUAAAGCUUACGAUAUCGUAUGCUUUGUAAUUGAUAGUCUUGAUUACUAUCCUCCCGAAAUAAAGAAUACUUCAUAUAUAUUCACGGCAGUUAUCACAGCCAUCAAGUUGGGUCUAAUGAAAUCAUUCAAGAUUUUUCUUGAACAGUUAUGUUUUCGCUUGAACAUUUCCUAUGCCGAUGAUAACAUAGACGAUACCUUUACGGCAAAUAGCACUGUAUCCUUUCACGUAGACACUGCUAGUUUCCCAAAGGGCUGUUGUGUGCGCACCUCUAAAAAAGUUCUUUUACCAUUGCCAGAAUAUGACGAGCAGAAUACUUUAAAUAAAAAUUAUCUUUUCGAAACACUCUUGGCUAGAGCAGUGCAAGAAGGAAACGUUCAAAUGAUAAGACACAUUAUUGCAAAGCAUGAAAUGAUUGUCACUAACAGAACUAUUGUAAUGGUAAUGCGCUUACUACCAAAGGGAAAACGCGUUGUUCAUGACAAAUCUUACGUUGCUUUUAAAUAUCUAUUAGACAGGACAGUCGAUCUAUACACAAUCGAUAACGAGGGACGAAAUCUUUUACACAUGACCAUUCAAAAUGGUUGUUUCUUCAUGGUACUCUGUUUAAUAGAUGCCAAAUUUGACCGAACAUUAAUCAACACUAGCAAUCAGUGGAAUGUGUUCCAUUACAUCGCUUCAAGUGAAUCAAGUUACAAUAAUAGGGCGCUUCAAUUGUUUAAAUAUUUUAUGCUACUUGGCGAUACUGAGCGGUACGACACACAGGAUGUUUUUGGAAAUAGUGUCUAUGAAACAGCUAUAAUCAAUGAUAAUUUUGAUAUUGCUCGAGAAAUGGUAGAAACAAAACUUACAAAUUCUUCUACACCAGAGCGAAUUGUGUUUUUGCUUGAUACUGUAGAACGGCUUGUGGAACUAGAUAAAUUAGGCAGCGUUACGGAAUAUUUUAAAUACCUAUUUGAAUAUGGAGAUAAUGUGUGGAAAGAAGUGUAUGAUACUAUCUAUAAUCGUAUACCUAUAGUUUGAAUUAUGUAUGAUUUUUAAACUAAAUGAUGAAGUACAUAUUGAUGGUUUCCAGGCAUUUUAAUAGGUGCCCUUUUGGCAAUGGAAAUCAGUAACCAGUAAAAUUUGUGUAAAAAAAUUGGCAUGCUUACAUGAUAAUUUAUCAGAGAAAUGUUCAAAUCCACCAAAGUUUGAUUGUAAAAUUUAAUCAAAACGCCGUGAGAAUGGUUAGUAAAAAUAAAAUAUAGCUUUCUUUUACAGCUGUAACAGCCAAAUCGUAUUGUUAUAGUAUUUAAGUAAAAAAUAAAUAAAUAAAUAAGCAAUAAAUAAAAUAAUGAUUUAUAACUACAU